CUGUGCUAGGUGCGUACUGUUACUACACUACACGAAGAAACCGAAGCUGGGAGAGGAGAACGUGACGAAAACGACGACAGCAUGCUCCAAGCCCUACGCUUAGAUGCGCAUUUUGUAUUGAAUUCACCUCAACAUGCUUCAAAUUGGAGCCAUUCCGCCUCGACAUCUCCAUGGAGCCCUCCUCGUCUUCUCCUUCAGCGUCAAGAUUUCGGUUCCGAGAUCACCAGCCCACGCUCGGCUGCUACGCCUCCGAUGGCCAUACUACUCCCGGCGCUUCCUCCGUGUCUAGCGAUGCCGACGACGAUACCGACCUCCAGUCCAUGACCGCCAAGGGAAUUAAGCACCUCUGUUCGGAACUUCUUGAACUAAAGAGGGAGUCAGAUGAAGAGUUUCACAAGAACAUCUUUGUCAAUUCUUCAGUCUUUGUCAGAAUAUUUGAAGGAGUGGAAGGCAUGAAAAAUGAAUUGAUGCAACUAGACCACCAUAUCUUGAGGCAAAAAAGACUUGUAAAAGAGCUUAUAGAUAGUAAUAGUACUUAUCUAGAAGUACUGUCAAAGGGAACAGUGGAAUCUAUAAUUGAAAAACCUACUUGUGUUGAACCAUCUGCUCAAAGCAUAUUAAAGGAUCACAUUGAGAAUUUUAUAGAAGACGUAGAUAUUCUUCUGUUGGAACAAAGAUUUGAUGAAGCCGUGGAAGUCCUAGAACUGGAAGCUGGAAUUUUACGGGGUAUUGAGUCGCAAGAGAAUCUUCCCUCAGUUGACUUGACAUUUUAUGUCUCUGCAAUAUCAGAAAGGAAAGUGUUGAUUUCAGAUCAACUGAAACAAAUGGCAAUGAACCCUAGGGUGACUGCUCCUGAAUUACAAAAAGCUUUAGGUGGAUUAUGCAGGGUUGGUGAACCUAAUCUUGCUACUCAGUUGCUGCUUAAGUACUACCAUUCACGAAUUGCAUCUGGGAUACUUGAUUUGCAGAGCUUGAAAUCAGCAAAUGGUGCUUACAUUCAUGAAGUUGCCAAAUUUGUAUUUUCCAUGAUUUCGCAAGCUAUAAAGAGCUUUUUAGCCUUAUACAGAGAAAAAACUACUGAUUCUUUGGAGCUUGUGCAGUGGGCCUGUGAAGAAAUUGAGUUGUUUUCUGCCUGCUUCAAUAAAUAUGCUCGAUCAAUUUCUGAUAUAAGCGGGCGCCUGAUAACAGUGGUGGAAGCUGUGCAGUCUGCAUUAUCAUAUUGCUCUUUGUUAGAAACUCAAAUAAUGGUAUUGCGGCCAUAUUUGGUAAAGAAUAUUCGUCCUUGCGUGGAAGAGGUUCUACAGAUUCAUAUAGACCAUUUUAAGAAAGUCAUUGGUAUCUUUACUUCAUCAGAUACUUGGAUUGUGAGUAGAUAUUGUCUACCAGUAAUUUUAAGCAAAGAGUGUUCUUUUGUGGUAAUUGGGCAACGGCCGGAAUAUUGCCUUCUUACUAACAGUGGUCGGAAGUUUGCAACACUGUUGCAGGCUAUAGUUGAAGACAUUUCUCCUCUAGUUGCCAUUCAAAUGGAAGGUCCUAUCCUAAGAGGACUUAUGGACCUCUUCACAGAUUAUAUUUCUAUCCUUGAAAGUGCGCUCACCCCCAAAUCAAAUAGUUUAGCUGACGGUGGUCCAAAAGUAAAUUUGGCAGAGUCAUCUGAGCAAAAAGUUUCUAUAAUAGCCAGUUUAUCAACAUUAGUACAACUUUUCUCCAGCACAGUUAAAAGCAUCUUCAAAGGCAUCAAUCAUCUUAGUUUUGAAGUGGAUAGCUCUGUCCUAUAUAUUCAAGAAGUUUCUGAUCAACUCAGAGCUAAUUUUUGCCAACAAUUUAUACAUAGAGUGAUUUGUGACAGUGGAUGUAGACUUGCACUAGAAAUGUGGAUUGGCAGCGAGAGAAACUUUGAUACAUCUGACAAUGUAAUGCCUUCCAUUGUUUUUCAGGAGUUGUUUUUAGAGCUGAGGAAAUUGGGAAAACUUGUAGAAGACAACUUUAUUGAAGUUGAUUGGUUCCUGAAGCUAAUGAAGGAGCUGAUGGAGACCAUAUUCAUUUCAAUCUCAAAUAAUGAAGAAAUGUGGACAAUUAUUAAAGAGGAUUUAGCCGUCCAAGUUUCUGGCUACUUCAAACAGUUUGUUUUAGACAUGCAAUUUCUGGUGGAAAUUGCAAGGCAAGGAGGCUACUUUUCAGAUAGCAUAAUGAAUGCUUCACUGACCCUAAUAUCGCGGAUGGAAUCAACAUUUCUUUCUACUGGGUUGGAUCCUAAAAGAGAUAGCAUCGAGGAAGGAUGGGCUGUAAAUGCUGCUAAGGCAGCCCUUCAAAAACUGCAAGACAUUGCAGAGGCAAAAUCAUCUCUCAAUGAAAGUACCGAUGAUGUUGAACUAAACACUGACGAAGACGACAACCAUUCUGGGAAUGAUGACGCUAUUCGGUUCCCUAAGCCGGUAGUUGUAAAUGCAUCUGAAGUGCUAACAACAGACGCAGACAUAUCAAAAAUGGAAGUCGCUCUAGUAAAUCCUACUGAGCCUGUCAUUACUGAAUUGGCGGCCAGCGGUAAACAUACAAGAGGAACUUGAAAUAACCAAAUCACCGGAAGAACAGCCUCCGGCAGGCAACAAUGGCCAACCUUCUUGAACGCUGUGAAAGAAGCCGUGCAGGAAGGGGUGCUGCCCUAGCACUGGAGGACUAAAAAGAGGAAGGUAUCAGCUGAAAAUUUGAUUUUCCUUGUUCUGUUUUGGUCAAAUUUAUUGUGUAGUGCGUGUAGGAAACUACAAAAUAAAAGUCUCUAACUGUGUGGACAGGAAGGGCAGAUUUAUGAUUAUAACCACUUUGCUUU